AUGCCAGAUGCUACAAACAGCAGCAGCUGCCGGAGAAAGUCCUUGGCUACUAGACUGGAGAUGCCAUCUGAAGUGCCACUACAAGAUGCCACAAGCUUUACAGAAGUUGUGUUGUAUGGGGAUGGGAGAAACCCACCCAAAAUAGCGUCGGUUAAACAGGCGUGGGAGGAAAUAGCCACAAUUGUUUCAUCAGCUGGCAUCUCUAGGACGUCGCACCAGUGCCGCAAGCCCUACAAUGACAUCAGAAGACGGGGAAAGUCCAAGCUUGCCAGCAUCAAUCGGGCACGCCGUGUAACGGGAGGUGGAUCUGCCUCUACUCAGGACCUGACGCCAGCAGAGGACAUCGCUGCGUCCACCCUCACCGCUGAAAGCGUUGAAGGAUUUGGGGGUUUUGAAAUCGGCACCCAAUCAGAAACGCAAGCAGUCCAACCCCAAGCUUCGCAGGAAGACCCUGGCCUCGCGAGCCGUGCGCACGGGCCAUCUGAGGAGGGAACAGCGCAACCAUCAAGGUCCGGACCCACUACACGCCGUGGCAGCAUUGCUAGACCGGAGGACCACCCCUUCCUGCAGCUCCAGCAAACCGGAUUUGAAAUGCUGGAGCGGGAGCUGUCUGGGAUGCGGCAAAGUGUGAAUGGCCGUCUUGACCGGAUGGCGAUGUUGCUGCGGCCUCUCGGGCGCAUCUCCUCAAGCCUGGAGAGGAUUGCUGCAGCCAUGGAGCGUGGCCCUUCAAGCGCACCACCACCUCCUGUUGUGCCUCUUCCUCCUUCUCCCACUCCAUCUCCAUCCACCCGUUCCACCAGGCGCACAUCGCGCAAUGCCAUUCCCGGACCCUCAGGUGUCCGAUCCCGCCGUGGCGCGCGUCGCAAAAAUACCAGAGGAGGGAAAAAGAAAUAA